UUUCUUUUAGAGAGAGAGUGUGUGUGCGUGUCUUUUUAGAGAGAGAAACAAACCCAGACUAACGUUAAGAGGUUGGUGCGGGACCAACCCUUCCAUUAUUUCUCUCUCUCUCUCUCUCUCAACUUGCAACAAUCCACUAGUAAUGAGGAAUCCAAGCUGAAGCUAUAGAUAGGUCAACUCUCUCUAGUCUCCCUCUUUCUGUGUGUCCAGUGAAAGCUACAAAACAACAGAAAACCCAUCUCUCUCUCUUUGUCUGCUUUCUUCUCUUUGCCCAUACUGUAAUUCAGUGUCUGGCUCACAGAAUAAGAGAGGUCUGGCGGAAUCAAGAAACCAAAGGGGUUUUUUCGUUUUGUUGGCUUGGUUCCAUACCAAAUGGGGAUUUGCUUAAGUGCUCGUAUCAAAGCUGAGAGCCCCUGUCACACAGGGGUGAGUUCAAAACAUGUUAGCACAGAGGGGACUGAUCUAAGUGGUUCGGUCAGUAAAGGCUCGGCGGUUUCUGUGCCUCCGACUCCUCGAAGUGAGGGCGAAAUCUUGCAGUCUACUAAUUUGAAGAGCUUUAGUUUUUCUGAUCUUAAAAUGGCCACAAGGAACUUCCGCCCGGAUAGUGUGUUAGGAGAAGGUGGUUUUGGUUCAGUUUUCAAAGGUUGGAUCGAUGAGAACUCUUUUACAGCUUCAAAGCCAGGGACAGGCAUAAUCAUUGCUGUGAAAAGGCUUAACCAAGAAGGUUUCCAAGGUCACAAGGAGUGGUUGGCGGAAGUGAAUUAUUUGGGGCAGUUUUAUCAUCCUCACCUUGUGAAACUCAUUGGCUAUUGUUUGGAGGAUGAGCACCGGCUUCUGGUGUAUGAAUUCAUGCCUAGGGGCAGCUUGGAAAAUCAUUUGUUCAGGAGAGGUUCUUACUUCCAACCUCUUUCUUGGAACCUUCGUUUAAGGGUUGCAAUUGGUGCUGCAAAGGGGCUUGCUUUUCUUCACAGUGCUGAAACAAAAGUCAUAUAUCGGGAUUUCAAAACUUCUAAUAUAUUGCUUGAUUCAAAUUACAAUGCAAAGCUCUCUGAUUUUGGGUUGGCCAAGGAUGGGCCGACAGGUGACAAGAGCCAUGUCUCCACAAGGGUCAUGGGAACCUAUGGAUAUGCAGCUCCAGAAUAUCUAGCAACUGGUCAUUUGACUGCCAGGAGUGAUGUUUAUAGUUUCGGAGUUGUGCUCCUUGAAAUGUUAUCUGGCCGAAGAGCUGUGGACAAGAACAGACCAUCCGGUGAACACAACCUGGUGGAAUGGGCCAAACCCUACCUGGCCAGCAAACGUAAAAUCUUUCGCAUCCUCGACAACCGUCUCGAAGGCCAGUACUCGUUGGAUAUAGCCUAUAAGGCAGCGAACCUCGCAUUGCGAUGCCUGUCAACAGAAUCCAAAUUCAGGCCAAACAUGGAUGAGGUGGUGAAAGAAUUGGAACAACUUCGUGAUUUGAAGGAAACAGGAAAUGCUCGCAGCGAUCCAAGCAGUGCACGAAGGCCUCGGAGACGAAGCGCAGGAGAUGCUAGCAAUGCAAACAUUGCAGCUGCUUAUCCCAGGCCAUCUGCUUCCCCACUCUUUACAAAAUGAAUCAAAUGAACCCUUGACAAAAGCUGAUUUUCAUUUCAUUGAAAGGUCGAUGAUGCAAAUGGUUUGGCAGUGAUUUGGGGACUCGAUAUUUACACGUAUAUGUUCAAUGACUGUACAGUUGUUUUUGGUUAAUGUAUUUGAAAUCAUACGUUCUGUUGACUAGGUCUCUAGGUGAGCUUGUAACACGUGAGGAAUUACCCGUUUGGCUUCUGUCUCCUUGGACUACCGUAGUGUUGGUAAAGAGAGUAGGGAUGCAAGUACUCUUGCAUAAUUGAAGUUAGCUCUUCUUCCUCCUAGAAUUUCCUCCCCGCAACCAAAGUCUCUGAAGUAAGUGAGUUUGUCUGUUUUCUUUCACUUGUAUCUAUUUGUUUGUAAUAUGGCACAUAUGCUCUCUCGCUCUCUUAAUUUUGAAAAAGGGAAAGUAAUUUGUUUGAUCGUUUUA